GUGUGCUUUAUGUCAUAAUACGCGUCGUAGCGGGUAGAUUGUAUCAGCUUUCUGUGCAGAAUGUACUCAAUAGUAACAAGAUGUAGUGCAUUAUUGACUCUCACUCUCACCGCGUAUACUGCGUUAAUGCUGUUUUGUUUCCUGUCUACUGUAAGCAUCAGACCAUCAGCUUCUGUCGAUAUCAACGUUGGUCGCGCAAUAGUCGAUCGAGCUGACGAUUACACUCUUCACAGCGGUCAUCACAAUGAUUUGGGUUUAAUAACUAUUGAUUUAUCAUCUUCCCUAGAUCACCUGUUCAACUGGAAUGUAAAACAACUCUUUUUAUAUCUUUCUGCAGAAUACAAGUCCGCAGAUAACAAACUAAAUCAAGUUGUUUUGUGGGACAAAAUCAUCAAACGUGGAUCUAAAGCUGAACUGGUUUACAAAAAAAUGACUUCAAAGUAUUAUUUUUGGGAUGAUGGCUACGGAUUAAUUGGCAAUGAUAAUGUCACUUUGACUUUGUCUUGGAAUACUAUUCCUAACAUUGGUUUUCUCACUUUCGAUACUGGUAAUGGUUACCACUCGUUUUCAUUUCCCAGCCAAUAUGUCAAUAUUAAGUAGUGGAUUUAAGCGAAAUUCACUCAGACCACUGUAUUAUAAAAUGUUCGUAUGCUCGUUAGUAAUGACAUGUCAGAAUUAAUAUCCUUUUCUUUGUUAACACUUUCAUUGUAACUAACUUCUCCACAUUAUUUUGCUGAAUAACAUAAAUGUAUGACAGGCGUACUGUCAACGCAUUAUAAAUUGUACAAUACAGCUUUUUUUGAACUAGCCUCUUCAUAA